AAAGUCUCAUUUCACAUUCCUCUCUGCUUCACUGCAAAAUCUCUCUCUCUCUCUCUCUCUCUCUCUCAUUCUUGAUUUUUUGCUGGGCACUUUUUCCCUCUCGAUUAAACCUUAAAGAAGCAGCAACGCUUUGAAUUAAAGCGCACCUUCGUGAAUCGCAACCCACCCAUAGGCCUUUUUUUUUCUUGCUUUGUUGGUUGAAAAUGGCGGAGGAGUUGGAUGACUGUGAGUACUGGCUUCCGCCCCAGUUCCUCACUGAGGAUGACUUGCUCAUGGACUUCAAGAAAGGCGCGAGCAAGGGCAAUGAGAAGGGAAUGGGGUUGGGUAGGGAUUUUGGGGUUCCUCAGGAGCUUGGCUAUGGCGGGUUCGGGGCUUUUCUCAGCUCAACCUCCGAUCUGAGUUCACCCGUUGAGUCGUUAACCGAGACGGAGAGCGACGAGGAUGACUUCAUCACUGGAUUGACCCGCAAAAUGGCUCAGUCCACUCUCCACGACUCUGUUUAUGACCUCGAAAACACCAAGGCGUGGCGUUUGUCUGGUUCGCCUCAAUCGACGCUGUGUGGGGUUCUUGGGGGCGGGUGUGGGUGCAGCCCUAACUAUCCCUCGCGGGUCUCAUCUCCCCCGACGCCGGAAAUGGCGCGCAACGCCGACGACGGCGCUUGGGAUCUGCUCUACGCCGCCGCCGGCGAGGUGGCGAGGAUGAAAAUGAUGGAGGAAGCUGCGGCGGCGCUAUACCAGAGCAAAAAUGGGGUCUGGGCACCUCCUAGGAGGCCCAGUCCCGUCACUGUUCCCUCUACUCCCCAAAAUCCCCAGCUCUCUACUUAUCAGCAGUUGCAGCUGGCCCAAUUUCAGCGACUGAAACAGCUCCAGAUGGUGAAGAACCAGCAAGGAGGGAGCAUUGGGCCGUAUCAGGCGGUGAAUCAAAGCAGAAUCGCCAAGAAUGGCGGUGGAGGUGUGGGAUUCCGGCCGUCUGCUUGGCCGACCCAGCAACAGUCUCAGCUCCCUGGGUCAGGGAUGAGAGCGGUGUUUCUUGGAAAUCCGGGCGGCGGCGCAAAAAGGGAGUGUUCCGGGACGGGGGUUUUCAUCCCCAGAAGAACUGGGAAUCCGUCUGAAUCUCGCAAGAAGCCAGUGUGCUCCACAGUUUUACUGCCAGACAGGGUGGUCCAAGCCCUGAACCUGAAUGUGGCUGACUCCCAUUCCCAUCCCCAUCACCCUCCUCAGGGUCUGCAACCUAGGUUCAAUGCCAAUGCUGCUGUUUUUACUCAUGACUAUGAUGGUGCUGGUGCUGGUCUAAGGAACCAUAGGAGCAAUGGUGCCGGCUUGGCUCAACCGAAGAAGCACAACCCGCAGGGCAUGGCAAACCACUACAACCACCACCACCACCACCACCACGAGCUCCGCCUUCCUCAGGAGUGGACUUACUAAUACAUUUUUGGGAUUUUGGAAGCUAUUCCUCAAGAUUAGUAUUUGGAAACAAGGAAGUUUGUCUUAGGUAGUUUUCCAAGGGAAAGUGAAGUAUAGGGUAUAAUUUAUGUUGGCAACUGCAUUAAUAUUAAUAGUAGUAGCUGUAGGGGUUAGUCUUAAGGAGGCAAAAAAUGUUGGAUCAAAAUAUUGUGAAAGAAAAUGGGGUUUUUGUGGGUAGGUUUAGGAUUUAAAGAAUAAAAUGUUUUGUUGGUCAAGCCUUAAUGAAAGAAAUAUUUGAGAAGAAAAAGAAUGGAAGAAACACAGGUUUUUAUGGUCAAUUUCGUUGGUUCAAGCCACAAACUGUGAUGGAUUGCAGUUUUUCUUUGCUGUUUGAACGGGAGAAAGAAUAAAGAAUCCCAAUUUUUGUUAGAGAAAGGGGUUGGGGUCAUGUUUUGGUUUGAUUUUACAGCCCUGUUUCAUGAUUUAUAUAUAAUUUUUAGUAAUUAAUAUAUAUUUUUAUAUUUA